ACCAUUUAAGAAGAAAACUCCACGUGUUUUAAAUAAAUUAAUGUUAUUUCACAUUGGUUGUGUUGUUUUCUAUUUUCUUUAUUACAUAUGGCUUGACGUCAAACAUUAUUUUACAUAAUACAAAAUGGACGAGUGGUCAAAAUACCAGAUGCAAUACAAUGAAAACGGCCAAAGAAAGGCUGGCAGAGAGUGGAACAGUCCUCACAUGAACAUCAUUACCUUGAACGCAUGGAAAGGUCCUGAACGUUUAGUACCCUACCCUUUCACUAAGAAGCCGUACCACGUGUUCCACAUGAGCACAUUCACAGAUGUAUGCCGCACGCCGUAUGAGUGCGAAAUGGUUCUACAAGCGUUCAAAACCCGCAACGAAUCUAAGAAGAAAGCCGACUUGAGGUUCAAUUUUAUUAUAGGUGGUGACUUGAACGUAUACGAAGCCCGAGGUUUCCACUCUCAGCCCCUACUGCCUUUGCAUUAUCAUAGCAGCUUCGUCAAAGUAGCAAUACUUAUUGGAUACGUCGGCAGAUUUGAUAAUAAUACUGUCCCCCAAAACAUGUGGAAUCUGGGAUGCCACUUUGCCUAUUAUGCUGCCAAAAACAGAUUCCUGAUGACCGAACACAAACACCAUCGCAUAUUCGACAGACCACCACUCUCCAGCUACGGUAACAUAAGACAGUUUGGAGACAGAGCCAAUACAUUCAAUGCCCCUCCAGAAUCUGAGGAAGAGUACUUUUAGGAAUUAAUCUUAUUACAAUCA